GAGAGAAAAUAAAAAAUUAAAUACGUAGAGCCGUAGAGGAACCUGGAAACUUCCACGAGGUUUUCGGUGAAAACCAAAUUUGGGGCUUUGCAUCGCAAGAUUUACCCUUUCCAAUCAAAAUUCUUCUGCCUUCCCCAACCAAUUGUCUUUCUCACUAUCGAUUUGGUUUGGUUGGCAUUGUAAUUGAUUUUGUUUGUGAAGAUCUGAGUGAGGGGUUAGGCAAAUGACGAGUGGUUUUGGUGAAUCAACGAGAGCAUCUGCACCGAGCCCAUCAUGCUCGGGGAACAGUUCAAACGAUGCUGGCGAUUUCGAAUGCAACAUAUGCUUCGAUUUGGCGCAAGAUCCUGUGAUCACACUCUGUGGUCACCUAUUCUGUUGGCCAUGCCUUUAUAGGUGGCUCCAUCAUCACUCCCAUUCUCAGGAGUGCCCUGUUUGCAAGGCCCUUGUGCAGGAAGAGAAAUUGGUUCCUCUUUAUGGAAGGGGCAAAACACAGACCGAUCCCAGGACCAAGUUAUAUCCUGGAAUGGAGAUCCCCCACCGUCCUUCCGGGCAGAGGCCGCAAACCAUGCCGCCCCCGCCGCCUCCCGAGGUCAACCCAUUUGGGAGUUAUGGGUUUGGACUCAUGGGAGGGUUCAUUCCUAUGGCAACUGCCCGAUUUGGAAACUUCACGCUUUCCACUGCCUUUGGUGGGUUUAUCCCGUCCCUGCUCAACAUUCAUUUCCAUGGUUUUCAGGAUGCCACUGUCUAUGGGACAACGUCUGGUUAUCCCUUUGGGUUUAAUGGCUUUCAUGGAGGGAAUGCGCGGGGUUUUAUGCAGGCAACCGGUCAAGUGCAGCGGCAGGAGGACAAUGUUUUGAAGAAUCUGCUUAUGUUGAUUGGGUUUCUCGUCCUUCUUACGGUUAUUUUUGUGUGGUAAUGGUCGUUUUGUGUUGAGGUUACAAUGCUUCUUAAGGAGUUGUUGUGUGUAAAUAUUUUAGCUGACUUCGUAUGAGGGAAUUGUAUGCUUGAGAAGGUUGCCACUUUGGCUCUUUAUUAACUGUAUUAUAAGCAUUGCAGUAAACUUGAAUGCUGCCUGUUUGUCUUUAUCACUUGCCUGUUGUUUUUCUGUCUUUUAAUAGCUUCUCCCUAUGUGAUCCCAUAUUUGGUC